AUGUCCAGGCUCCGUUCGACCGCGCUGCGCCUUUCGCGCGCCCUGCAGGCCUCCCUGUCGGGCCGCGGGCAGAUGGGCGGGAUCCACACCUCGGCGGCGGCGCAGGAGCCCCAGUAUGGGGGGUACAUGAGGACGGGCCAGGCGGGGCAUGACGCGGCCUGGGGGAGUGACCUGCCGCCAAGGUUCCUGGUGACCGGGGCAAGCGGGCAGAUUGGGAGUGAGCUGGUGCCCCUUCUGCGAGAAAAAGUUGGGUUUGACAAUGUUAUUGCAAGCGAUGUGCGCACAAGCCGGGAGCUGUUGGACUCUGGCCCCUUUGUGUACUGCGAUGUCCAAGACAAAGAUAACUUGGCCAGGAUUGUCCUGGAGAAUGGGGUGUCGCAUAUUGUGCAUCUGGCCACACUCCUUUCAGCCAUCGGUGAAAAGAACCCCCAGUUGGCCUUGAGAGUCAACACAACCGGGAUUCAGAAUAUCUUGGAGUUGGCCUCAUCUCACAAGCUGAAGAUUUACGCGCCCAGCACGAUUGCAGUCUUUGGCGAAACAACACCAAGGGACAACACGCCAGAUGUGACAGUAAUGCAGCCCCAGACGAUGUAUGGCAUCACCAAAGUUCACCAAGAACUGCUGGGUGACUACUAUGCAGACAAGUUUGGCGUGGACUUCAGGUCACUGCGCUACCCGGGGGUUGUCUCUUCAAAGUCACCUCCGGGUGGGGGCACCACUGACUAUGCAGUGGAGAUAUUUUACGCUGCACUGAAGCAUGGCAAAUACAAUUGUUUCUUGUCUGAAGACAUGGCCCUCCCUAUGAUGUACAUGCCGGACUGCUUGAGAGCCACAUGGCAACUGAUGAUGGCACCAAAGGAAAAUCUCAAGCAGACGACCUACAAUGUGACAGCCAUGUCCUUCACGCCCAAGCAGCUCAGUGCAGCCAUUAAAAAGCUCAUUCCCAGCUUUGAGAUACGUCACAUGCCAGACUAUCGUGAGGACAUUGCCAGGACAUGGCCUGUCUCAAUUGACGACUCGAGUGCAAGGAGGGAUUGGCACUGGGCGCCUGAGUAUGACCUCGAUGCCAUGACCGAACACAUGAUGGUUGAAUUGGAGGCGCGCAUCAAACAGCAAGAGCAGGCCCAGCAGGCGGGUUUCACUGGCAGCAACGAAAUUUUGGACAACGUGGCUGUGGCUGGUGCGCAGCCAUAG